AUGACGGGCCUGGCCCUUCCGGGAGGACUUAGGACAGGCCCGGAACAUCCAGGAGGACACAGACCCAGCCCGGCAGGUUUGGGAGGGCGCAGGACCGUCCGAGAGGACGCAGGCCCGGCCCGGCCCGUCUGGGAGGAUGCAGGCCCGGCCAGGCAAGUCCAGGAGGACACGAUGGGCCCACCGGUCCGGGAGGACGCAGGCCCGACCCUACCGGGAGGACACAGGCCAGGCUCGGCCUUGCUUAUCCGGGAGGAUGCAAGCCCGGCCAGUCAAGUCCGGCAGGAUUCAAGACGGGCCUGGCCCAUCUGGGAGGACACAGACCGGCCCUUCCUGGAGGACGCGAGUCCGUCCAGGAGGACGCAGGCCCGUCUGGAGGGACACAUGCCCGGCCCGUCUGGGAGGACUCAGGCCAUGCCUGGAACGUCCGGGAAGACGCAGACCCGGCCCUGCCCAUCUGGGAGGAUGCAGGUCCAUCCAGAAGGUCGCACGCCCGGCCCAGCCCGUCUGGGAGAACGCAGGCCCGUCUGGGAGGACGCAGGCCCGGCCCUUCCGGCAGGACGCAGGCCCGGCCCGGUCCGUCUGGGCGGACCCAGGUCCAUCAGAGAGGAAGCAGUCCUGGCCCAGCCCGUUUGGGAGGGCGCAGUCCCAGCCCGACCUGGCCCGUCCGGGAGGAUGCAGGCCCAGCUGGGACCGUCUGGGAGGACACAGUCCUGGCCCGGCCCAUCCGGGAGGAAGGAGGACUGUCCAGGAAAACACAGGUCCGGCCCGUCUGGGAAGGCGCAGGCCCGGCCCACCCCAUCCGGGAGGGCGGAGGCCCAUCUGGUAGGACGCAGGCCGGCCCAUCCGGGAGGACGCAGGCCCGGCGUGGUCUGGAUCGCCCAGGAGGACGCAGGCCCGGCCGCUCAAGUCCGGGAGGAUGCAGGCCCGGCCUGGGAGGUUCGGGAGGAUGCAGGACCGUCCCGGAGGACACAGGCCCGGCCCUUCUGGGAGGACUCAGGCCAGGCCCAGAACGUCCAGGAAGACGCAGACUCGGCCCUGCCUAUCUGGGAGGGUGCAGGUCCGUCCCAGCCCGGCUGGGAGAACGCAGGCCCGUCUGGGAGGACUCAGGCCAGGCCCAGCCCGUCCAGGAGGACACAGUCCCGGCCCAGCCUGGCCUCGCCCGUCCGGGAGGAUGCAGGCCCGGUCUGUCCAGGCGGAUGCAGACCCAGCCCGGCCUGUUCAGGAGGCCUGGCCCAGCUCGCAGCCCCUGGACUGGCGCGGCUCAGAGCACGGAUGCCCCGCCCGGCUUGCAGUAUGGACACCCGGCCUGGUAUCGCUCCCAGCACAGAGGCCUGA